UUAAUCGUUUUCUGCUUCACAAAUUCUUCAUUUCUUUCCCUUAUUAGGUUUUGGGCUGCCCUUCUUCACCAAUCAUACAGAAUUCAUUUUCUUCUUCCUCCUUCCUUCAAAAAAAAAAGGAAAAAGAAAUCUCUCAGGAUAAAUUAUUAAUUAAUUAGUUGAUUUCACCGUUUAUCCACCGAUACCCUUUAUCUAUUUGUGUCUUUUUGUGCUACAGAAGAGGGGAGAGGAGGAAUGGAGAGGGGCGGCGUAGCAGGCGGCGAUGGGAGAGGGGAAGCGGAGGAGGAGAGGUUAUUGGACGGGGUGGCGAUGUUGGAUUUCGAUAUGUUGUGCUCGACGGUGGCCAUGCAGGUGCAGAGUGGGAAAUGGGGCAACUUUGUGAAUUUGGAAGGUGAAGUGGAUGAUGACGGUGCCGGCCGCCAUGGAUACGGUGAAGGGAGAGGAGCUUUUAGGAUGUGGGAAGGCGAGCUUCUGUAUGAUUGCUUAGAUGACCGCCAAAUCGCCCUUCAAUCCACUUGGUAUUUACACAUGAUUUUGCUGCUUCUGUAUUGAUUUGCCAUGGCACCACCCCCAAUUUAGGGUUAGGGUUUCCUUUGUUUUUUAUCCUUCUCAAUCACCAGUUGAAGAACUUUGAUUUGAACUUCUUCGUGUCUGGGCGUUUAUGGAUGAGAUUGAAGUUUGGAACUGUGCAAGAAUUUUUUCUUAUGUUGUUAUUUCUUCAGUAUUGUUUUACCUAAUUAGGGUUUCAGUUGGUGAGGGUUCUUGUCUGGUUUUUUGUUCUUUUGCUGAAUUUGGUCUGUUACUUGAUAUAGUGAUCUAUGGUUAAUGGUUUGGAUAGAAACUUUUUUUUAGUUUUUCAUUAGGGUUCUAGCUUUGGCACGUUUCCUAAACCGGAACUUGUCGUUUUGUUGCUGAUUUGAAUGAUGCCUUGUAGCUGCCCGUGCUACAGAUUUGGAAAAAACAUGAAACGAGCCGGUUCACGAUCUUGUUUCAUUCAGGGAUUUAUUUAUAUGAUUGCUGUUGUGAUAGCCCUCAUAAACAUGCUAGCAUUUGUCGUCACCAAGAGACACUAUUUUCUCUACUUAUCCAUUGCCUUUACCAUAUCUGUUGGAGCAUAUUUGGGAAUCUGUCGAACCAAAAUUAGGAAAAAGUUUAAUAUUAGGGGUAGCGACAGUCCUUUAGAUGAUUGUGUCUACCAUUUUAUCUGUCCAUGCUGCGCCUUAUGCCAGGAGUCCAGAACAUUGGAAAUGAACAAUGUCCAAGAUGGAGUCUGGCAUGGCAGAGGUGAUACAAUAUGCGUAGGACGCUAUUCUGUGUUUGGGCAAAAUCCACCUCCCGUUGUAUCUAUAACGUCGCCUGAACCACCCCAUUAGGCCACAUUCUAACCAACCAGACCCCCCCCCUGAAGUUGGGACCCAUCAUCUCUGCCGGUUGCCCUGAGGCUCUGAGCUUUGGGAUCUCCAUGCCGUGUGUGAUUCAGGUUUGGAGCAUUGUUUUCAUUUAGGUCCAUUCCUUUUGUUUCUUAGAGCAUGUAGCUAGAUGUAAAUGUAAAUGCCUGUGUUGUAUCGUGGCCAUCAAUUGUAAACUCGUAGAGAAGUUCUGUUUGACCUUUGAUGCAUUCCGGUUUAUGUUACAACAAAGCCAUGAGCCUGCCCGAGGUUUCCAAACUACUCCCUCCAUUCUAUAUUAACUGUGUGAUAAGACAUUUUUGGUACAUUGAAGAAUGAAUGUAGACAUAAAGU